AUUAAUAAGAGUAUCAUCAAUUAAAAAUGACAAAUGUAUUAAAAAUGAAGCUAUAUAUGUAGAGGAUUUAAAAAAUAUAGAAACAGAAGUAGAUUCCCUUACUUCUAAUCUAGAACAAGUUUUUAAAGUCACAGCAAAAUCUUGUAAUAUAGAAAAAAUGCAAUAUAAGACCAAAAAAACAAACCUAGAUAUGCAAAUUAAAAAUUUGAAAAAAAGUGAUGAUUAUAAAGAGUUAGAAAAGAUAUUAAGUGAUUUAAUUGAAGAAAAUAACAAAUUCGCAAAAAUAAAAUCUAAAAAAUAUAAAAAAAUAAAUCGUCGUGAAUUAAAAAUUU